UUCGCGCUCUGUUUACCUCUCGUUCUAAGACACGUGAACCGUGACCACGUGGAUCUGUGUGUGUGAGACACAGGAACAACAAUCGCCACGCUGGCUCACGAAAAGUGGUGACUUUUUCUAUUUUUUUUUUACUUGUUUGGUGGUUUGGAGCAAAUCGUGUUUUGGAAUCUUGGCAACCGUGGACGCGAAAACAACCGUCAACCUGGAGCCCACGUGUCAGAAACGACGGAAAUGUGAGGCCGACGGAAAGGAGGCAAAGGCGGAACUGGCACAACGCAAUAUGUUCCCUAGCGCUCAAAUUAAAAUGAGAUUGCUGUCGCCAAGCAGUUCGCCGGCCACGUCGCCCACAAUGUCGAAUUCCUCGUCGCCGACGCCUCCGACGCCGGCUGCACCGGCGUACAACCAAAAAAUGACUGGUAUACCUUGUGUGGCAGCAGCAUCCAGGUACACGGCACCGGUCCACAUCGACGUAGGCGGCACAAUAUAUACGUCCUCUCUCGAAACGUUAACCAAAUAUCCAGAGUCGAGACUAGCGAAAUUAUUCAACGGCAGUAUCCCCAUCGUGCUGGACUCCCUGAAGCAGCAUUAUUUCAUCGACAGGGACGGCGGGAUGUUCAGACACAUCUUGAACUUCAUGAGGAAUUCGCGUCUGCUGAUACCUGACAAUUUCGCGGACUUGGAUUUGCUGCUGGAGGAAGCGCGAUACUUCGACAUUGCACCGAUGUGCAGGCAGCUAGAACAAAUGAAGAAGGAGCGUAUAAAAAACGGUUCCACGACAACAACCACGUCGUCCUCGUCUCCGAGUCCUCCGCCCGCGAACCAGCAAAGUGCCCGUGGCACGAGCUGCACAACGGUGCCCUGUAACCGGGACUCAGAGAAGCUCCGUGGCAACGACGGCAACUGCAGCUACGAGUGCGUCGCUCUACAUGUCAGCCCCGAUUUAGGGGAACGCGUGAUGCUAUCCGGUGGUCGGGCACUGCUCGACGAGGUGUUCCCGGAAACGACGCAGGCGGUGAUCGACGCCAGAUCGGGUGUCGCCUGGCACCAACAGGACACCCGUCACGUGAUCAGGUUCCCGUUAAACGGCUACUGCAAGCUGAACUCCGUGCAGGCCAUCACCAGGCUCCUAAACGCCGGCUUUCGCGUUGUCGCCAGCAACGGAGGCGGCGUGGAGGGCCAACAAUUCUCGGAGUACCUGUUCGUUAGACAGGCCGUCAACACCUGACGGAACAACGCGCACCAGCGCAAAACGACCUCGAGGACGAUCCGUUGUUUACAGCGGGAACUCGAGUGAGUUGUCCAGGAGAACUCUUCAAGACUGCGUCACGAACGAUGAGCGGUGCCACGCUGUGUACAGAUUCCCUGGGAGAUCGCGAGAGAUGCAGUAGAAUUUUAUUUAUUGGAGGAUUUGCGUGACAGCAACUUGAUGUCAGGGUGUUCGAUGAUCACACUGUUAUUCUACGAUGAUAGAUCGCUACCUUGAAGUUCAAGGACAAAUUAUUUUGUUGAAGUAUUGCGAGACGAUAUGUUCUGUAACUCGACUCAACUCAUUGAGAGAAUGAAGGUCUGUAGAAAUUGUGGGUUGAAACUCAAUUGCUUGGAAAUGUUAUUAUUUCUGAUUCAAUCAGUAUUGAAUAUGAUUCAAUUCUACUGUGAAGAAUGUUUGUGCACUUAUGAUACAUAUAUCAAACUUUGAUGGGGUAAUCUGCAAGAUAUAUAGAUAAAUAAAUGAACGAAUCAUUUGUGUAUUCUUUGUGGACUUCAAUUUCUCAUAAAUAUAGACUACUGAUAAUUUUUGUUAAGCGCAACAAAUUUUUGAGAGAUGAUCUAGAAAUGUAGAGUAACAAUGUGGUAAUUGUUAUAUAAAACACCCUGUACUUGUUAUUAAUAGACAUGCAGGUACCUGGCUCAGUGUCCUGAUGUUCAGUUGUUGUCAGAUUCAUCAGGGGGUGAUAUCGAUAUUCUACUAAUAAUAAAUAUGGAAAAUAGGGCUGUGAGAGCCUCAAGAAUCUGAUAAAGGCGUACUGAUUUCCUUUUCUUAUUAAUGAUUUUGAUUACCAUGAUAUUUAUUUUAUGCUACAGGAGAGUUUAUGUAGCCGUUAUGUUUGGUUUGGUUCGUGUGAAAUGUUGGGAGCAAUGCAAUCAUGCAUGCGAAGGGGUAGGACAUUUCAUGUGUGCCAAUCUAAUACAAGGGUGGUGUUGCAGAUUUCGAGAAAUUAGAGUUCAGAUAAAUGAAACUCUACUGUGUCGCUGUUGCUAGUGAUGGGAUCGAUAUCGAAUGAAAUGAAAGUAUCGUUGGUUUAAGUAGAUGAGGUUUGGGAAUUUCUGAAGUCCUGAACUUUCAAGUUUCUGAAUUUCCAAGUUAUUCAUUUUGUUUAAA